UAUGUCACGCUAUAAUUCAGUCAAUUUGCAGUUCAUAGAGAAAAUACCAUAGCUAACUGGCUCAGAGAGACAAAUUCAUCACUUAAGGCUAUCAUUUUAUGUUUUUCUUGUCAUAUAACGUGACAUAUACCUGAAAAUGUCUGUGAUCAGAAAACAGUAUGUGAUUUGGUCGCCAUUGUUGCUUCGUCACGUGACUGCGAGAGUUACACUCGGAUACAUUCGGAUCGACCUUGACCGUUUCUAUUAAUAUUUUCGUAAACAUUACGAUCGCUUUUUACAGUACACUAUAUUAUUUUAAUAAUUCUGGCGUACAUUGCAUACCGAUGUCGUUGAAACUUUCAAAUAUGAUAGUAAUUUAACUGUUCGUUCGUAACAUAUUGUUAGAUAGCAGGUGUUCAUUCAAAAAUAACAAGAAAUAAGUAGAUCUACCCGGUGGUGGUAAGUACUUAAAGUUCCUUACUGAAAGUACAUGCAAUAUACAUGUUACGGAUAAUCGAUUGAUAUUUCCGGUGGCGUAUUUUAAGCAUGGCUACUCGAGAUUUAAUAGCGCGAGAAUUCGAGUGUUUGAAGGGCGAAUUCAAGUUCACUUUCAAUGAUUUGAAAGAUAAACAGAUUAGUGUUAUAGCCAGCAUUGUCAACAAAGUUGACUGUAUGGCUAUUUUUCCAACAGGGUUUGGUAAAAGUGCAUGUUACAUUCUGCCACCCCUCAUGAUGAAAAACAUGCAUAAGAGACAUUUCUAUGCCAUUGUUGUUUCCCCACUAAGGUCUCUAAUGAAUGACCAGGUUCGCCAGUUGACUAGCAUGGGAAUAAGUGCUGUUAUCUGUGGUCCUGAUAUCAGUGCAGAAGAAAAGAAAGGGUUGGAGGAUGGGAUGUACACCAUCAUUUUCUUCUCCCCUGAGAUUCUGGAUAACAUCGAUAGGUGGAGGUUUUUUCUGGAAAGUAAUGUGUACACAGAUAAAAUGUCACUUUUGGCUAUAGAUGAAGCUCAUCUACUUCAUUCUUGGGGUGAUGAGUUCAGACCAGCAUUCAACAGAAUUGUUGAGCUGAGAAGUUUUUUCACCAAUGUGCCAGUGCUACUUCUAUCUGCAACAUGCACCAAGACAGUGCGGCUAGCUUUGAUCCAGAAGCUGCAACUCCAACCAGACAUUCAAGUUGAAUGGGAGGUUCCAGACAGACCUAACAUACAUUUGGAGAUAAAGUGUGAAUCUGGGAUGGAUUUCACAGCCAUGACCUGGUAUUUAGACCAGAUUAUUGAAAGGGGCAAGAUGGCUGAGAAAGCUGUUAUCUAUGUAACUGGAAUCACUCAGAUGGCAAGACUUGCCUUGGACAUUACGGCACACCUUAAGGAUGCAGCUGAUGGCGCCAAGGUGUUUAAACUGUACCAUUCUGGAAUGUGUAACAGUGACCUUAAGUCCAUCUUGGAAGAGUUCACCCAACCAGAUUCUUGCACAAGAUUUCUUAUAUCUACAAUUGCAUUUGGAAUUGGCAUAAACAUUCCAGAUAUAAGAUUUAUUAUACACUGGGGGGCACCAAAAACAUUAGAGGAUUAUUGGCAGGAGGUCGGAAGGGCCGGUCGUGAUGGAAAGGCAGCACAGGCCAAAAUGUAUGCUACCAAAGUAUCCCUGCUGAACUGUUCAGAGGAAAUGAAGACACUUGUCAAGAGUGAGGAAUGCUACCGGCAAUACAUUAUGGAUUUGUUGUCGGUGACUCCGACAUUCAAGGCACCAACAAAAGUGUGUGGCAAUAACAGCAAAUGCGUUGCAUGUGAAUGUAAUAUGUGCCUGUGCUGCUCUAACUGCCAUAAGAAAUGUUCAUGUUCAUGUUAAUGUUUAAUUUAACACUUGGACACGCAUAAAUCCAUCAGUCAAUGAAAGCAUGGUGGACAAAAGUGUAACCUUGACAUUGCAGAUAUUGACGUGAUUCUUUUGCAUGACACACUGUCCAAUGAUGGUGAACAAAUGUGCCAAAUGAUUUUAAAAUCUAACAAUGAACAACAUAGUUAUGGCCGGGACAAUCUCAUUUAUGGCCAUUUUUAACCUUUGAACUCAAAGUGUGAACUUGACUUUGGAGAUAUCAACGUAAUUCUUUCGCAUCGAGACCUCCUGCCAAUAAUGGUGAACAAAUGUGCCAAAUGAUUUUAAAAUCUAACCAUGAACAACAUAGUUAUGGCCGGGACAAUCUCAUUUAUGGCCAUUUUAAACCUCUGAACUCACAAAGUGUGAACUUGACUUUGGAGAUAUCAACGUAAUUCUUUCGCAUUGAGACCUCUUGCCAAUAAUGGUGAACAAAUGUGCCAAAUGAUUUUAAAAUCUAACAAUGAACAACAUAGUUAUGGCCGGGACAAUCUCAUUUAUGGCCAUUUUUAACCUUUGAACUCAAAGUGUGAACUUGACUUUGGAGAUAUCAACGUAAUUCUUUCGCAUCGAGACCUCCUGCCAAUAAUGGUGAACAAAUGUGCCAAAUGAUUUUAAAAUCUAACCAUGAACAACAUAGUUAUGGCCGGGACAAUCUCAUUUAUGGCCAUUUUAAACCUCUGAACUCACAAAGUGUGAACUUGACUUUGGAGAUAUCAACGUAAUUCUUUCGCAUUGAGACCUCUUGCCAAUAAUGGUGAACAAAUGUGCCAAAUGAUUUUAAACAACAUAGUUAUGGCCAGGAAAAUCUCAUGUAUGGCCAUUUUUAACCUUUGAACUCAAAGUGUGAACUUGACUUUGGAGAUAUCAACGUAAUUCUUUCGCAUUGAGACCUCCUGCCAAUAAUGGUGAACAAAUGUGCCAAAUGAUUUUAAAAUCUAACAAUGAACAACAUAGUUAUGGCCGGGACAAUCUCAUUUAUGGCCAUUUUUAACCUUUGAACUCAAAGUGUGAACUUGACCUUGAAGAUAUCGACGUAAUUCUUUCGCAUUGAGACCUCCUGCCAAUGAUGGUGAACAAAUGUGCCAAAUGAUUUUAAAAUCUAACAAUGAAUGACAUAGUAAUGGCCCAGAACAGCUCAUUUAUGGACAUUUUUUACCAUUCAAUGGGAGUGCUAUACUGCUGAGAGUUUUGCUUUUGUAUAUUUGCUGUCAAGCAAGGAACUAAUCUCAUAUGUUUUAUAUGGUCAUCUUCACAUUUAGGCCAUUCAACUGUGAAAGUUUUAACAAUACUCACUCGGUAGCUAGUGAGGAUUAGAAAACACAACCUAAAUGUGGCUGCAUAUUCUAAUACCAUUUUUGCAAUAAAUCCUGGCCAUCAUCAAGUACUCAAAUACAAAAUGUGAUAUGGACAUUUUGCUGCCAUUUAUAUAUGCUGACAUUUACAUGAAGCCUGUGCAUUGUACAAGAUUUUCUCAGACUUUGUGAAGUUUACUGUUAAAACUCGUAUCAAGAAAAGUGAGCAGUGCCACCAUCAGCAAAUCCAUGCUAAAAAAUCAUACUGUGUGAAACCACUCGCCACGUACACAGUCAGCCUCUGAUGAGCACCGUAUCCAUGUGCUCUCCAACUGCUUGCCACAGCAAUAUGCACUUAGGCCCCGUGCUUGACAUUCUGGGGAGCACCACCAGUCAUCAUCUUCUGCACCAUCCGGCACGUCAACACAGUCCUUGUGGAACCAUCUCGUUGGGCAACUCAUGUCAAUUCUGAAUUUACUCACCAUCCUCUUCAUCACAUAUGCAUGUAUACUUCCUGUCAUCUUCAACGGCAGCCACGUAUUCAUUGGUGUUUGGCCAUAUGAAUUGAAUAAUUUCCUUGGCCAACUGUGUAACGUCUUCCAAAGAUGAGCACAAUUCGCUUAUGGAAGUUCUGUGGUCUUGGGAUUAGCCCCUCUAGACGGUCCCCAGGGAGAGCAGAGGAGGACAUGGCUAUCCUACACUCUAUCAUACGCUCCACCGACAGCUGGUCCCCGUGACAAAUUAUAGGCCAGGGUGUUCCUUCAACAUCCCUCGGUGUGUAUCGAUUAAGAUUCUGUUGAAUACUUGUGAGGAAGAUGCUGCUGCACUGGGAUGUCAAGGUCAAGGAUACUUGCUAGAGUCCUUGCAACAAUCAACUCCAUCCUGGAGCGUAGCUGCUUCCAGUCCUCAUCACUUGAUCAAUGGAACUGGCUGGUACUGUUUCUUCCCAGGAACAAGAAGAGGAUGUGAAGCUGAUUCUGUCAAGCGUUGCAAAGCAGUUUGCCCAGAGCAGCAUCUUAUUUCCACUAUGCCUGCUUUGGUGGCGCGCUACUGACAUUUUCUGGACGUUGUCCCAGCACACAGAAAAACCUGGUAUAUCUGAGAUCUUUCAGGGAGUGGAACAAAUUCUUCAUCGUGGUCUGACUCCGAGUACAGUAUUGUGUCUUCCAACACCAGGGACAGGUCCUGAAUUUCCUGGUCUUCAUCCAGAUCUUCGUCAUCAUCUGUUUCAUCAGACAUGUUGACCUCACUGUCACUGAGAGAUGACCAUUCACUCUCAUCAGUUCUUGUGUCAGCUACCAGUGUUGGUCUCACAUGUAGAACAUGCUGCAAAAAAUGUUUAUUUCCAGUUAGGAACUUGAACUUGGCUGGAAAUCUUUUAUGAAGGAUGAUACUCACAAGAAGUCCAAAUACAGGUACCAAAGGACCAAUCUUGUUACCAGAACUGCAACAUUUGGUUACUGAAGACCGCAACACAGUUGACAGAAGAGGUAGCCCUGAAUCGAUUUCAUUGAGAAAAGCUGUCCAACUGAACUUCUCAAUGCUCUCUAAUGUCAAAUCCUGUCUAAGAGAUGACAGUGUUUUUGAGAAUGCCCUGACUUCAUCCUGGACAAGCAGACCUAUGACUUUUUUUAUGUCUGCAAAAGCCUUCUUGGAGCCUUUCAUCAUUGUUCUUAAAGCAGCAUCAUAGUUUGUGUUAGUCACCUGACGAACUAUGGUCUCAACCAAGGUAGUACUGGUAGGUUUCUAUUGAGAGCAAACAAUGUUAAAAGUUUAAGCUAUUUAUUAGUUCUUAAAUACAUUACUUACACGAAGCAUAUCUGGUGUGUCAUGAAUAAAGAGCUGUUCAAUGGAAA